UAUGACGUUUCUGGUGUAUAGUCCGUGCACUUUCAUUGUCUGAUAACCCACGGGAAAGUGCCGCGCGGCACCUACCGUAUAUAAAGACGUUGCUGACCGAGCGCACCAACAUUCUACGCACGAAUUGCGUGAGGACUCCAACAACACACACUCACAGUACCUGUAUACACAGAUGAAGACGGGAAUUAUUUUCACCCUGACUUUGGUAUAUGUCAUAACGUCUGCAAAAACUGCAACCAAAGUAACCAAUAAGAUUCGAGACCAUGCUAAUGAUAUUUUGUCUCACUCAACGGUUCUUGCUGCGACAAAAACGAAGACUUUAGUUCUCACAACAGUCAAAGGCGAGUCUAAAAUACAAACAAGAAACGUACUUACCGAUCCGACAAAGUUAUGGUCACAGGGGAAAAUUCCAUUCAUUUUCGACGAAAAUGUGCCAGCUUUCACCAAAAUAGAGCUUCUUGCAGCUAUGCAAGAGAUUGAGAUGAGCGCAUACAGUGGGCAUAAACUCUGUGCUAUGUUUGUUCCGCGUUCAACGGAAACAGAUUAUGUCCAUAUAGCAUGGACGAGCGGUUUAUCCGGCUCAACGAGUAUUGGACGUGUUGGUGGGAGACAAGAAAUGACGGUAAACAGUGCUGGCGGUCGUGGCCACGACGAUAAUUUAGAAAUUCUCCUCAUGACCAUGGGACUUAUACCGGAAAUCAUGCGCCCAGACAGAGACACUUAUCUGAAUAUCAACAUCAACAACGCCGUGUCAAGUAACCCGUUUCGCGUAUUAACCGGAACUGGAACCAGCGAUUUCGGUCAGCACUUUGACUAUGACUCGCUAGUACUCGGAAACCCAUACCAGUUUGCCAUAGACGCCGCGUAUCCUGUGACCUCAGCAAAACAAAGCGGAAAGGUGAUGGGUCAGAGCGUAUCCAUGACAACGGGUGACGUGACCUUACUACAACACGCAUAUCAUUGUACAAUCGAUUCAUCUCACGAUAUUGACCUACUGGGAACUCUUCCUCUCGAAUGUCAUUUCCAUACAGACAUAUGCUCUUUUACACAAGACCAUACAGAUGAUUUUGACUGGGUUGUACAAGCCGGACCGACGGCGACAUCUGGUACAGGACCAAAUGCUGACUAUAGCAGCGGGUCGGGAAAAUUCGCCCUAGCCCAAGCUGUUAAUCAUCACAACCAAGUAGCCCGCCUUGCGUCUCCUACGUUCAAUGCCGGGGAAUACUGCUUACGAGUAAAUCUGCACAUGUUUGGACGUGAUAUCGGUGCUCUUAAAAUUGCUGCGGUUCUCCCGAGCGGUUUGAAAAAGUAUCUUCUCAAUCACAGUGGCCAAUUAGGCAAAGGCUGGUAUCACAUUUACUCGACGAUAAACAGCAAAAGCUCGUUUCAUCUCCAGAUCGAGGCAACCAUAGGCAGCGGAGAUCAAGGUGACAUUGCUAUUGAUGAUGUUUACAUGUACAAUGGCGAAUGUAUUGAAUGGGAUUAAAUUAAGAUUGAAAGAAAUGGGAAUAUGAAACUUUCAAAGUUAUGUGUAAAGUUAUGAAAAAAUAAAUAAACACGCCAAUAUUGACUAAAAGGUCCAA